GAUUUCGAGUUCUCUCAAGGGCGCAUGCGUUCGGGUUCCAGCAGGGUGUGUCAGAAAUGCCCCCAGAUAGCUGGAACUGUGAUCUGGUGCUUUUAAGCAUAGUGAGGAAAUGGUCAGGCGUGGCUGACAUGCACUCACGAAGCUGUGAAGCUUGAUGACAGUCUGCAGAAGCAUCGGCCGCAUCUCGCAGGCGAUCCCCUGCGUCCGCUGCCUCAGCAGCCAGAUCCAUUUCGGCCCAUCGGAUGGUCAACUGGAGGAGAUCCUCGACCGGUCCCUGGAGAAGAAGGAGAAGGGCAGCGAGCAGGCUCCUCAUGUGCUGACCACCAGGAGAGAAGCCCUUGCUCUGUAUCGUGACAUAUGGAGAUACUCACGCCUGUUUGUCUGGAGUGAUGAGAGGGGUGCGCUGUGGCGGGACUCGAUCCGUGACAGUGCGCGCAAGGAGUUUGAGCUGGCCAGGCACCAGACAGAACCAGAAGUGGUGACGCGACUGCUGCUAACAGGGCGGGACUGUGUCCAGCAGACAGUGGACAAGUUUAUGAAGAAGCGCCAAGAUCUUAUCAAUGCCCAAGCCAAGCGGCCUCCAUUUGGGCCCGCUUGAGAAAAGUGGUGCUGUACCUGUGCUUUCACGCACACAGUCAUAAAAUUAAAAAUUGCGAUUGGCGGGAGUGGGUUGGGCACAUCUUUGUUGGCUGUUUGUGGUUGUUUCCAUCUGUUUCAUGAUGCGUUAUGUCAGCAGCAAGACGUAUGUAAUGGCCACUUGCUCGCAGCUAAGACAUGUACCAUAUUGUAGCAUAGGUAAGAGUCAGCAUCCCAG